AUGGCGCGCACGGUCGUAGGCUCCGCGGUAGUAGUCCGGGAGAAGUUCUUCUGGCCGGAUGCGCAGCUUAACUUCUGGACCAUCGUCAUGCUCGCGACUGCCGGCACGAUUUUGGGUGUCUUCGCAGAGUUCUUUGUCAUUCAGCAGAGAAUGCAGCAGGAAGUGCCUUGGAUCAUACCCUACGGCAUCACCGUCGGCGCUCUAACCAUCAUCUGGAUCCUUGUCAUGCUCAUCCUCAUCGCACAACGCCGCUUGCUUCCCGGCGUCGUUAUGUUGUUCAGCUUCAUCCUACUCGUCCUCUUCAUCGCAGGCAUAAUCGGAACCGCGUUGAACUUGUUUGCCGGCCCCAAUAUCAGUGGUCAAUGCAACACAUAUGUGAAUAAUAUGAGCGGGAGUGCGUAUGGCUCGAGUACGGACACGCUUGCGUGGUUGCAACAGAAUAACAUAUGCCAGUGCUGGAAUGCCGCCUUCGCGUUCUGGAUUAUCGGGACUGUGUUUUUCGUCUGGAUCAUGGUCAUGGCGAGCCAGGUUAAUCAAAAUCAGUACGGCUAG